CUCUUUUGCUCCGUACAACAAAUGACAUGUCUGCUUUUGUCAACGACAACCAGGCGAGUCAGACAGUCGUUUGGUUUGGUUCGCCUGUAGUGUUUAGCCAAGCCAGCCAGCCAGCAACAACCAGCCGCCUGAAUGUAGAUCCGCAUGGGCUACUACCACUGUAUAUCUCCAAAUAACCCAGCGGAAUCAUAAAAUAAGGAUCCCAGGAUGGUGUUAGUGCAUGUCGGAUAUCUGGUUCUUCCUGUAUUCGGCUCAGUAAGAAACAGAGUAUGGAGGCUGGCUCUACAUUCUGCAUUUAUCAGAUCUUUGUCGUCCCCCCCAUUGUGUAGCUAAUGAUCAUCUGCUGCUGUGUGGUGUGGCGUGGCCUCUGCCUGUUCUCUGCAUUUAGCUGUAUUGUGAAUCCCUUCUUCAUUUCCUCUUUCCAUCAGAAGACGACAUUGGUAUUAAAAAAGCACCCCCCCCCCUUUCCCAAGAUGUACUCAGCCAUAGACUUUCCAUGUUAAACAGACUAAAACAAUAGCUAACACCUAGGACAGAGCACCUUUUUUUGUCUUUUUUUCUGUCAAAUUGCUGUAGCACUGAGUAAACAUUUUUAGCUCUUUUCUAGAUCAGUUGAAUGUCAUUGUGUACCUCCCAUCCAGUCUUGAUAGACAACAUGCUGUAAAUUCCUGUAAAGUGGAUACAUUUUGCAUGAUCUCAAAUACUGCACUGCAUUGUUGAACACCAGAAUUUGGCUCAUCUUUUUCUUCUCUUCACACAAGGUGCAAUGUACAUGAUUAAAGUGACCUGCGAUUGAAAAAACAACAACAAAUAAAUAAAUUAAAGCAUGCAAAUUGGGACCACGUGCAUGCCAUUUUGUACUGUUAAAACGUAACAUUUAAAACAGUGGCGAUGUCACUUGAAAUAACUGAAGGUACACUGCACCUCCACACAACAACCUGCCAUAACUGUCUCCAUUUUUUUGUGUAAUCCUUUUGUUCCCUUUUUGCAAAUUUCAAGCUUUGAAUCACACUGAAUUGUCAGGGCCUGUUUUGCCCUUUUACAGGCAUCUGAAACUCUAAACGUUUAAGUAGGAAAACAUGCUCACUGGUGGUUCAUCACUUCUCAAUUUACCCCACUAACAUAAGACCAAAAUGCUAUCCAUUUCACAGGGAUGCCUAUUUUUCCUGCACUGCUAAAGAGAUCCUCUAUUAGUAAUAACGUCUUUAUUGUUUGGUUGUGGUUUCUCUUUACCUUUUGUUCUGGUAAUAGUACUUUCAAUGCAUGGUCACAUUUAUGAUUCAUAAUUUUUUUGUUUAUGUUUUUUCUACAUUUGACUAGUGAAAAAUCCAAUGUAAUCUUUCUGUAGAAAAGAUGUACCCUGCUGUACUGAAAUCAUGUGCUGUAGCCAACACGUCUGCUCAUUGGAUGCCGCUUUUGUUCUUUUUAACCCUAUAUGGAGCAUGGUGGGCCUUGCCUUCAGUGUAUGUUGUUUAUUUUUGUUGCAUGGAGUUAUACUAUUAUUACAAACAAACAAGAAAGAAAACACAAAUUCCACAAAUACUAAUAUUUUUCAAUAAAGAAUAUAGUGUUUUUCCUAACCUUCAGUGUGCUUCUUGCUGAUUUCCAUUUAUUGUCCUCCCUCUCCCUUGUCCCCUAUCUGCUCCCCCCCCUCCUUCCCCUCCCUCCACCCCUGUCCCCACCAACCCACCUACCCACCUCCUCUCCUGCUGUGACAAAGAUAGACGAUUUCCACGCUUACUUCAUCGCAGGGCCCUGAAUGAGUCUAUCUGCUGUCAUUCAUGGUGAUUGUUCUCACUUGAGACGCUUGAAAACGCAGUGUGCUACUUGCAGUCUAGACUCUGAGCCUUUGACCCACGGCAGCAAGGUCAUAUCUUGUCUGCUCAGCUACGCUGACGAACUGUCAAGCUGAAAUGCGAAAUCUGGAAAGCUACACUGCUUGUCUUUCCUGUAUUUAAAAUUCGAACUGCAAUUUUCAAGCGUGCUCCGAGUAAAUGCAAUGUAGACUUUGCCUUUUUCUUCAUAAAUUAUUAUUUAUUUAUUUUUUUGAAGAAAUCAAGUGUUUACGAGCAAAGUAGUCUUGUCUUUUGCACUUCUAUAAGAAACUGUUUAAAAGUCAGACAUGGCAGAGCAUAACUGUGGUUCCCUCUGGCAGAGAUCCCCUCCCCCCAAAAUCUGAUCAAAGCUAAAUUUAAUUAUUCUCAGUCCCACCAUGAUACAAAAAGGUCUCCUUAAGCUUAACCAGGGUAUUUAAACCAUAUUGCAACACAGCACAAGCUAGCCUAUGUCUUUAUUUUCCACUCCUUGUCAAGUCUCGACAGCAGUCUGUUCGCUGCAGUUGCCAAAUAGCUGUGGUUGGAGAGAGUUAAAAAAAGCAUUCAAGCUAUUUCCUGUCAACUCCUGAAUGUUCAUAUGGGAGAAGAAUAGCAGAGCUUUACUGGAAGUGUAUAACGCAGAGAGACAGCUGAUUUCAGUAGAGCACAUUUAUAAUGUGAAUUUAAUGUCUAGUUUAAUUUUUUAUAUGGAACAAAUUGUUCUUUACAGUUGUGUAGAUAGAGACUUGGCAGAGAAACAGUUUAAUGUAUUUCUUACAGGCAGUGAGGUAAUAAUGGUUUACCUCUUGAGUGCACUGACCUGCUGUCAGCUGCAGAAUUUACAAGAACUGAGCUACGUCGAUAUCUGUAUAGGGGUACAGUUCUUCUGUUCUGAUCCAGUUCCUUUGUCUGUGAAGACGAGGAGUCGAUCCAGGGGCUGGAAAUACAUAUAAAGAAAUGAACGCUUGCGCUUUGUGUGGAGCACCAAAAAUGGUUUUCAUUCUCAUGGUACUUGUGGUAACCAUCAUUUUCCCACCCCCACAGAAGUAUUUUUCACCCUAGGUAAGAGGUAGGGCUUCAUUAACAUGCUAUAUCUCACACACAGUGACACCACAUUUCACCUACUAUUAAUUCCAACUAAUUUCCCCCCUCAGGUACCUGACAACUUCUCCUUAUACUCCACAGGAUCCCAUUUCAACCGGCAACAGCAACAACAGCAACAGCAGCACAGCCAUGCUACCUCUUGCCGGCACUUCCAGUUAGGUCCUCAGGCCCCGCUGCCCAUGGACUUCCCCAUGCCCCACCCAGGGCAGCCACAGUCAGGCAUUAACCCCCACCUGGCCCCACCCAGCCACCAACACGGCCCUCCGCUCCACUCGCCCCUCAACCCUUUGCCCGCUCCCCAGUUCCAGGACAUCCCCGCCCCUCCCUUCCUACCUCAGGCAUUACACCAGCAAUACCUCCUCCAGCAGCAGAUCCUCGAGGCCCAGCACCGACACAUCCUGCCACCCUCCAGACGGACCCCAGAGAGAGUUCCUCACCAACCCCACAGGCUGCGACCCGGCUAUGAGUUUGCUCCCCCCCUCCAUGUCCCUCCGCAGCCUGUGGUUCAGCAGCCCCGCUACCUGGCUGAGGGCACAGACUGGGAUCUAAGUGUGGACGCUGGGCUUCCCCCCCACCAGUAUCACAUCCACCCGCUGCCGCAGCACUAUCAGCACUACUUGACCUCUCCUAGGAUGCACCACUUCCCUAGAAACAAUGCCUCAACGCAAGUGGUUGUCCAUGAGAUCAGAAACUACCCAUAUCCCCAGUUGCACUUGCUGGCUCUGCAGAGUCUCAACCCCUCCCGCCACGCAUCUGCAGUUAGAGAGAGCUAUGAGGAGCUUCUGCAGCUGGAGGACAGACUGGGCAGCGUAAACCGUGGAGCGGUCCAAACCACCAUUGAGAGAUUCACUUUCCCCCACAAGUACAAAAAGAGAAUACCACAGGACCUGAAGAUGUGUCUGGAUGAUGAGGAGCUUGACACCGAUGAAAAAUGCACCAUAUGUCUGUCGAUGCUGGAGGAUGGCGAGGAUGUCAGGAGAUUACCCUGCAUGCAUCUCUUUCACCAGGCGUGUGUAGACCAGUGGUUGGCCACCAGCAGGAAAUGCCCCAUCUGCAGAGUGGACAUUGAGACUCAGCUGACCCCCGACAGUUGAUAGCUCCUGUUGACUUCUGCAGCUAUGGAUCUUGGUCUUGUUAAUUUUCCAUUGCCCUCCCUCCAGGGGGAGAGGCUCUGCCAAACACCCCUCUUCCCCUCUGCAUCACUCAACGAGCCUGCCUUCUGAGACAGCUGUGACAGAGGGAUCAACAAAGCACACUCACCUACAACGCAACGAGGGACGGGGGGGUUGAUGCACAGAUAGGCGCCUGGACUGAGGUUCGGUUUAAUGGACUGGCUGGAUGUUAAAGGUAGGAGUGGACGUGUAUGGACAGAUGUGCUGAGGCUUCACACAGUUCUGUCAGAUUGUGUACAUUUCUCCAUACAGCCGCCAAGAGAAAGGGUACUCUGACGACCAACCUCCCCAGCUCAGUGUGGUGUAUCAAGGCCAUUUCUCUGCCACUAUAACCAAACCCUUUGCCCCAUCCCUCUCCCCAGGCCUGUGAAAAAUCCUUGAAGCUGCACUCUGCCCAAGCCCUCAGCACAUCUGUACAGAACAUUAUCAAAUGAUUAGCAUGAGGUUGUUUGGUGUGAACUCUUGUAGCUGAACGCUUGUGGUGUAAUGGAGUAUAGUACUGAAUAAGUAUUUACAGAGUAACAGUGUUGUGUAGCAAGCAAAAGCCUUUUGAGAAAUAUGUUUUUGAAAAAUAAACCUACAGAGAGGGUGAAUACAGCUCUAACAGUAAGAAUAUUCAGUGUGUUUAAUCGUAGGCAACCAGAGAAAGAGCUAGUCAUGUAAAAAGGCCAAAAAUCCCUCUUUCUUGUCUAACAUGGUUUUGGAUUUACAGUUAGUAGAUGCCAUCAGAGUUGAUGCUAAAAACGCUAACUGCAGGCAUGGCUUCCAGUGAUCUGUGUAGUGUCGUAGUCGGGCCUCUAUAAUCUAGAGCAGAGGCCUCUGAUGUGCAUGCUGUAUGGCAGGCUUGGGCUGUGUCGUUAAUAUUGUGGAGCAGUAGAAACAGGGACUGUGUCUGUGCAUGUGAACCGUAUAUUAUGACUCUGAUGAUCCCACUCAUUCAUAGAGGAGGACAAGAAUGCACCUGAUACCCCCUUCCCCACUCCUUCCCCCGCACCCUUCCCCACUCAUCCCGAGUAGACCAAAGUUGCCGUUAGACACUGAUCACCGCCCAGCUAAGCAUUGCGCUCCUAACAGGACUCAAAGAGCUGCCGGUGGAUCCGUGUCUAACAGCAACUCCUCUCUGUGGCCUCGCUCAUGGUCAUGGUCACGCUCGUGAUCAUGAGAGGCCGGCAUGGGCUUGAGGAUGCAGUGCCUGAGUCUUGCCAUCAGAGUACCUGACAUUUGUAUUACCUAUCACCAGAACCUUAUUGCCUAUCGAACAAGCACAUGUGAUUUCUAUAUCCAGUGAAUGGCCUCUGUUGUGUAUCGGCUCCUUUCAUUUCAAUCUGAGUUGCUCCCACUGUUUGAUUUAAAAACAAAAAAAGAAGAAAAAAAAGACUGUGUCUGGUGUUACAGGGACAAUACAAACUAGUUUGCCUGUGAUAUGUGCUAGAAUGUGUAUGACUGUCCCCACCCCCUCUCCCCCCAUGGUCGUAGUGUAUGGUAUUGCUAGAACAACUGUGAUACGUUCAGUGAUAGAAGCUGUUUUUCUAUAUCAUGCAUGAACCAUGUUGGCGUAGUUCACUUGAAGGAGGGUGAAAGGGAGAAAAAGCCAUCCAUUUGAAAAAUACCAAACAAUUGUUCUUAACAUUAAUUUUGUUUUAAUUGUCUUUUUUUCCCUGCCAUUUCGUUCUUUCUUUUUUAUUACCUGUACACUUUUCUUUCUUCCUUCUUUUUCUUUUUUUUUUGCUCACAUGCCAAUCUGGACAUGGUACUAAUAUGCCGAGUCCUUGUCCACUUUAACCAUAGUGAAGAAAAAGCUGCAAUGCUGCAAAAACAUAUUUAUUGUUGUUCUAAUGUAGCUUGUGUUUUGUAAAUGCACUAUAAUAUGGAGUUGCCUGAUUUUUUUUUCUUUUUUUGUUUUGGUGGUGUGGGUUCUUCUUGUCCUAGAGUUUGUGUUCCAGUUCAGUUAAAUAUUUUCAUGCUUCCUUGUGUAUUAUUGGAGGGUAACUUGACUGUUUGUGUUGCGUUUGUUUUUUUCGUUUGUUUUUUUUUUCCUUUCUUUUCGUAUGAAACCUCCAUCCAAAAAACUACAGAUGGAUGAAAAUGGAGGUUUGCUAGUUCACAUAGAAUGCUGUGAUUAAAGAUGCCUUAAGUAUUUAACAAUCAUUAUUUAUUACUAACUGUAGCUAGCUAGCUAUUGUGGUGGAAUAUUUAAUGUCUCUAUCUCAUAACUUUGCAAUUUAAUCAAUAUAUUUAUUUAAAAUAACACAAAAUAUUAAAAAAAGAAUACCUCAUUAUGCAUUGGUCGGUGGGGAUGCUUUUGCAUGCCGUCUGUGUUUUCUUUUUUCGGAGGCGAGAUAAAAAAAAAAGAAACUUGUUGAAAAAUCGACUGGGGUUGUUUCCCCCGACACAUUUUUUCUAGCCAGCAUGGUGCUGUUGAUCUGGAUUACAUUCCAUUCAUAUCAUCUCUCGAUUUUUCUUUUUUAAUAAAUGUUUUACUUUCUAGACAUCAUCCCUGCUUUGAUGCAAAGCAGAUGUCAGGGUGCAGCCCUUUUUUUUGUUUUUUGUCUUAGCUCGCUUCUGUUGUCAUAAUCAGUCACAUUUAUUUUAGUUUUUCCACGUUUUAAGUUGACCACAAUAUAAAUCAUAUCUGGGUCUCAAUUUAGUGCUUCUCUUUACGACCCACAUUACAAGCUGUAUUAUUUGUUGCUGGCAGUUGCUUUGUGUGGGAUUAUGGGACGUAUAUCUAACAUGCUAACUUGAGCCAUUGAUCUUAUUGAGCAAACUUCUGGUGUACUGUGGUUAUACAAUAUAGAUGUUUUACACCUGGGUAUAAUAAGCUAACUACGUUUUCGGUGUGCAUUUCUUAUUAAUACUCUACUAAUCCUGCAAAUUAUUAUAACAUAUAUUGGAUUGGAAUGAAGCUGGCUGGUCUUACUAUUAUGAUUUCAUUUCGUGCUCUCACUGGCCUUACCCCGUGCCCUCCACAGUGUACCCCAUAACUCCAGAGCGAACUGGACAGUAGCCAUAGUAUUAACUCAAGCUGAUGAACCGGAAUGAACAGUAGAACUUAAAGCACAAGCUUUUUAAUGCAUGUCCUUCUCAGGUUUUCCUAUGUGUAUGUGGGAGUAGCUCUGUAGAUGUGUUUAAUAUGAUGCUGUACCUUCUUGAAUAUUUCAGAUGUUUCUUUGCUGCUGAAAAAAUGUUGAUUAUUAACCUGCCAGUGAAAAAGGGAAGUGGCCAUCUUUGUACAACACACUGCUGUUUUGCUGUAACCGCGCAAUGUUUUAUGAUCUUGAGUAUUUUAUAGAAAAGUAGAAGUAUGUAUCAAUAAUAUGAAAGCAAUAGCUAAAUCAUAAUGAAGAAUAACAUGAUCAGUGAAUAUUGUGGAAAAUCUUUAGAUUCACUCUGGGUGGAUUUUGUACUGUAUUUAUUACUAAUGAUGAUGCAAAAAGUUGCAUAGCUUAACCCAAACUGUUCUGUCUCUUUUUUAUUUAUUGUCUUGUAUAUGAUCUUUUUGUAUGUGUUUUUCAAAUAAACUGCCUAAAAUG